AUGACAACACUACGCAAGCCUCUACCCCAGAACACACGCGUGGUUGUCGACGAUAUAACUCCAGAUCAACAGCCAUCCACACUCUUAGUGCGGCAAGAUUCGAUCACAGAAACACCAAAGCCCCGGCCCAAAGCGUUGAAGGAAGCCGAUCAGAGUCAGCACGAGUAUUGUGACGGAGUUCUCGACUCUUACUAUCUGGACGACUGUGGUCUUGAUAGACUUAAGCUUGACCCUGCACCCUUAGAGCGGCUGGAUAGUGAUAAAGUUCCAGCUCUGACCACACUAGCUGAUGUGGAUCACACCACGAAGACUUCGAAACACGAAGCUACCUUGACCAUUGACUCUAGCCCAGCUGUUCUUGCUACAGAAGGUGAAGCUGUAGGACAAUCCGAAGCUUCCUCCCCGAGCAAGACACGAACGAAGUUCACGACAGCAGCACAGGACACUAGCUUCUUCCUUGGCGGCCUGAUUAAGCACCCAGCCGAAACGGUUAAGCACUACUCCAUCCUACGGCACUCUCACGGAUUAGUGUACUACAAGGGGCCGGAGACCUCGCUCGCUCUCAGCAUAUUCUCUGAUGCACCUUUGUUGGGGGAUCGCCAACUAUGGCUACAAGUGAAAGGGUGGACCGGGAAUACUGGUAUGAAGGUUAAGGCACUACUUGGUGUGAAUGACAGUUGGAUUAAUGUCACACCUGACAAGCAAGUCGAUGCUACAGAGCUACCACUACUAGAUGAAAGAGCAUGGCAAAGAGAUAUCAAGAAAUUUAUUGCGAAGGCCAACAGGACACAGAAGACACACACACUCCGAGAGACUGUGGUCGUACGAAUGCCCUAUGAGGCCAAUGAUGGGUACUUCAGGAUCGUGCUUACCGCCGCAGACUCAAAACAUGUCCUCUGUCCUAGCCCUGUAUUUCGGGUGGCCUCGACGUCAAUGUCUGCAAGCACUUUGAGAGGUGCCUCAUUGAAGACACUACCAAUCGAAUUGGGUCUUAAGUUUGCACAAAAGACUGCCACAACCAUGACUUUUGGUGCAGUUGCGUCAGUAGUAACCACUGUGAAGGACCAGGUCGCGUCCGCGGCGCCACUGAUGCAGUACGCCAGCCACGCCGAAACUGCUUGGAACACCAUAGGAGCACAAGAUCGCAUUGACGACGCUAACGACCAAUACUAUGCGAGACAGACCGCCACCAUCGAGGGCGACCUCGGCGCAACCAUACAGUCAUCAGUCAAACGAAUAGGCAUCAUGAUCGGGAGUGAAGCUGGUCCUGUGUCGCCUUUCCCUACAUCACUAGAUGGCCUGGUUGUUAAGGGUACCGGUAGUACCACAAGCAGAUUUGGCAUGCCGACAUGCAACCUGGAUGACAUAGCUCCCGACCUCCUAGCACCACUUCCGACCGGAGUCUACCUUGGGUGGGCACUAGUGCAGGUCAAAGACAAAGAAUAUGCGUCUUUACACGAAGCUUGGCGGCAUGUGGUGAUAACAAUCGUGUAUGCCUCGACUUCGACUGCCAAGGUCGCUCAGAGGAAGGUAGUCCGGACUCACAUCGUCUACAAGUAUCCAGAGGACAUAUCAUUGAUUGGAUCGAGGUUACAAUUGGUAUUAAUGGGCUAUCUGAGACCAUUAGUAUCAGUUUCUGAGCCGGAGCUCAUGUUGCUCGAGAUGACUAGCGACAUAGCGAUAACCCACGCGAGUCUUUCGCGUCCAGCUUGGGGCCACGAAGAGACCAUGAUACGAAUCAAGACGCAGCAGAGUGGGAAAAGUGUUACAGAUCGACUGGUCGACUUCAAGGUCGCCGGCCAGAGACAGAUCGAUCGAGUGCCUGUUCAUAGACUUGGAAUGCGCAUGGAUAGCUAUGGGAUGCGCGAUAGAGUCGAGAAAGACGUAGCAACAACCAUCGUGUCCGCUCAAGCAGCAACAUGGGAUGCAAACAUCGAACGCAGCGUCGUGCGCAAACUCGACUUGAUCCUCAUCCCUCUCAUGUUCUGUGGCUACUCACUCGUGUACUACGACAAAGCCAUUCUCGGCGGUGCAGCAGUAUUUGGCAUGAGCACUGAUCUACGUCUUCGAGUUGUUGUCGACCCAGCGAGUGUUCCGCCGAAAGUGUCAACGUUGCGAUUGAGCUGGGCGACGAGUUUGUUUUACUUUGGGAUGUUGGCAGGGUUGUUUCCUUUGACGUACCUGUUUCAGCGAUUUAGUAUUGGUCGGACGGUGGGGACUGUUGUUAUUAUUUGGGGAGUCGUGGCUAUGGCGACUGCAGGCGUGACUACGCAUCAGGGGUUGUUCGCUCAGAGAUUCUUUCUUGGAUUUACCGAGUCAAUUGUGCCUACUGCUUUUAUGGUUAUCAUAAGUGGCUUUUACACACAGGCGGAGCAGACAUCACGGCAAUGUGCUUGGUAUGCAAGUACUGGAGGAAUGACCGUGCUAGGUGCUCUGAUCAACUAUGGAUUUGCUCAUAUAAGGGGUGCGUCAUUGAAAAGUUGGCAGUAUCUUUACAUCACGGCAGGUGCACUGACAAUGCUGUUUGGGAUCGUGCUAUUAUUCAUGCCAAACUCCCCAGCUGAUGCCUGGUGGUUCACGGAGGAGGAGAGAAUUGUUGCUGUGGAGAGGUUGAGGCGAGGGCAGCUGGGUACACGGUGUCAAAAGAUCAAAUGGGAGCAAAUUCGAGAGGCUCUUCUGGAUGUGAAGGUUUGGAUCAUCACCAUGAUGAUGGGAAUUGCCUAUGUCAUCAAUGGUGCUAUAAGUGGAUUUGGCCCAUUGAUUGUGUCAACCUUUGGCUGGUCUUCUUACGAAGCAUUAUUGUGGCAGAUGCCAUUGGGAGCGAUAUGCUUUGUCGCCAUCCUCCUGGUUGGCUAUAUCAGCUUGAAGGUGAAGAAUGUACGGUUGAUCAUGCUUUCAUUGUGCUGCUUACCCGUCAUCGCCGGCGUAGUGAUGAUCUGGAAGAGCAACUGGUAUCGUCACGCAGCUACUCCAAUUGCAGGAUACUCGAUUCUGGGCAUGUUUGCCCCUGUCACAGCGCUCGUGGUCUCGCUCGGUAUGGUCAACGUGGCAGGAGCAUCGAAGAAGAGCUUCACGGCAGCUGCGACUUUUACCUUCUAUUGUGUUGGCAAUGUUGUUGGUCCACAGCUGGUGGUCACUCAAACUGUCGGACAGCAUUAUCCAAGACUGUGGGAAGCCAUCAUUGUCUGCUACGUUCUGCUGAUAGUACUCUCAGCCUUACUGUAUUUCAUGUUCAGGCAGGAGAACAGAAGGAGAGAUGCCUUGGGUCUCGACAAAGAAGAAGGUGACAGGAUAGCCUUCGACGACUUGACGGAUAAGCAGAACCUGCAUUUUAGAUAUGCGUACUAG